UCUGACUGACACCAAAUUAAGUAGCAUUGGAAAAUAGUUAAAGAUAGAUAUGGAGUACUUAUUUCCGAAAUCACUUUCGUACACACGGAAAUAGGACAAUUUUGACACUUCCGGGAUGGUGUUGGCAGAGAUAAUAAACGGAUAUUUUAGUUUCCUGUCUGAGAUGUUUUGGCUGCUCAUAUUGAUUUGCAUAUUUUUCAUCUUUGUGUCAUUUGUGCUGUUUACAUUCAUCAAGUAUUGGAUAAGAAAGAGGGCGAAAACUUUACUACCUCAUCUGAGAGAGAGUUUUGGAUCAGGGGAGAAAACUGUUGUUGUGGGAUUCUUCCAUCCAUAUUGUAAUGCCGGAGGGGGAGGAGAGAGGGUACUUUGGGUUGCCAUUAGGUCCCUGCAGAAUAGAUACCCAAAUGUACGAUGUUUGGUCUACACUGGGGACUAUGAUGCAAGUGGUGCUGAAAUUUUACAAAAAGCAAGACAAAGAUUUAACAUAACUCUUCCAAAACCAGUGGAAUUUGUUUUCUUGAGGAGUCGGAACUGGGUUGAGGCCAGAAAAUAUCCAAUUUUCACACUCCUUGGUCAAAGCAUAGGUUCUGUAGUUCUUGGUUGGGAAGCUUUGAUGGCGUAUGUCCCAGAUAUUUAUAUUGACAGUAUGGGAUAUGCUUUUACGUUGCCUUUAUUUAAAUAUCUUGGAGGAAGUGCCGUUGGUUGCUAUGUUCAUUAUCCGACCAUAAGCACGGACAUGCUUCAGAGAGUUUCUGAGAGGGAGGCAGGUUUUAAUAACGCCUCCAUCGUAACUAGAAGUUCAUUUCUAACCAGUAUUAAAGUACUGUAUUAUAGAAUGUUUGCAUAUUGUUAUGGUCUGGCUGGAAGCCGUAGUGAUGCUGUUAUGGUCAACUCCACUUGGACAUACGGACAUAUUAAGUCCCUAUGGGGUGUAGGAGAUAAAGCAGUAAUUGUUUAUCCUCCUUGUGAUAUAUCAGAAUUCAUGAAAAUUGAACUCACGGACAAACUUAAAAAUGAUGUGCAAUCUAUUUUAUCCAUCGCUCAGUUUCGUCCAGAGAAAAAUCAUAGGCUACAAUUGGAAUCAUUUAGUAAAUUUUUGGAAAAAUAUUCUGAUAAAGAAAAAUGCAAAUACAAAUUAAUUCUCGUUGGAGGUUGUAGAGACCUAAAAGAUAGCCAGCGUGUAGAGGAAUUAAGGAAAUUAGCAGAGGAAAUGAGUAUCAAAGAUUAUGUUGAGUUUAAAUUGAACGUGCCAUUUGAAGAUCUGAAACAAAUGAUGACGGAGAGUACGAUUGGAUUACAUACAAUGAGAGAUGAACACUUUGGAAUAGGCAAGUUUAUUAAAGAAAGUUUUAAAAAAUUCGUGAAAUGUUUUAAAACUGUGACAAGAUUUUCAGAGAGUGAAUUUGACGAGGGUUUUAUAUCUGUUGUUGAAUCAUUGUUUAAACUGAAUUAAUUAGAUGUUUUAAAAUGUUCAAUAAAUUAUACUUUAUUUUUUGAUUAAAUAAAAAUCUUGUUUCUA